AGUCUCUCGCAGUACAACACUCCACUCAUUCCGCAAGUCCCGUUCGGCGUCCUCAGCAACUCCGCACGAACGGAGCUACCAAGAGCUUUAAGAUGAAAAACGACGGAAUGUUAAACAAUCCCGACCAUUCUCCCAAUAUCGCUGGAUAUAAAUAGUAUUUUUGGAAUAGACCGCGAAUGACGAGAGUGGAAGUAAGAGCUUUGAAACGGUGUGCUCAGAUAGAACCCAACAUGGCGCUGCCUACGACCGAGCUGAAUUAAUUUCUGGAGUCCGCGGACCUCGCCACCUGUAUGCUUACGCUCUGCUAAACGGUACGUUACCACGCGUCUGGGUCCUUCUAUAAAUAAUGAUUGGAAACCUUUCUAGGGAUUUGUCACAUGAAGUCGAUUUCGACGACCUUUUCUCUCUGUGAAAAAGUAUUUUGAAAAUUACACAUCGUGUGUAACAUUUGGUUUAAUUUACUGACAAGUAAAUACACAGUUAGAAACACUUCUGCAUGUUUGUAUCCAACGAAUUGAAUAUUCACUGGCCCGGGAAGGGAUGGAUGUCUAUACUUUUAUAAAGGAAUCGUAGCCUGCACGCACGGAUCUUUGCUCAGAGCCGUGAACAACUUGGGGGGAAAAAACUGGAAAAAGGCGUCAAGUUGACAGCAGACGAUUGGAAAUAGCGGCUAACGGCCAGGAGAUUACCUGUUAGUGAUGCGGGGACGCAGAGAAAUCUGGAUUUAAGUGAAGGGAACCACAUCACACAAAGCAUGGUGGAUGCCAGGUUAACUCCCCUGGCCGCCAUGGGUCUGGACCGCAACGCUCUUAUGCGGGAUGGCCUCCGCCUGCACGGCGGCGUGAUCUACCCAGGGAUACAAGCACUGUCGGCUGAGAAGCCCCGCGACGGGACCAAUACCCUCCCCCUGAGCUACGGCCGAGACGGCCUCCCGGACCUCCUCUAUAAACCUGAUGUCUCCAUGGACAGGAGCAAGCCCACUAACAGCUACCUGGGCCUGUACAAGAGCCCUCCACCAGGCCUCCAGAGGGGGCCAGAGGGCCUGGGACUGGACAGGAUAGGUGUGGGGCCUGGGGGGGAGAAGCCCUCAGAGCUGGGCCUCGGGGAUGCUGGUGCAGCAGCAGGCGGGUACCUGCGUCUGCCCUGGGGGCUGAGCCCGGGGCUGUACCCCGAAGCGGGCCUCUACCCCUUCAUGGACUCCUCCAAGUACGCCGCCCUCAGCAUGUACAAGGCUCAGUUCCUCAGUCAGCCCAGCCCCUACCUGCCACAGCACCUGGCCUACCAGUCCCUCUGUGCCUCCCAGGGGGGGAACAUGAACCCUGCUGCUGCCUCGGCCUCCGAGAGGCUCUACUUCAUGCCCCCCUACCCCCCGUCCCCGAUCUCGUCCCCCCUGGUGGGGUCUCCCAUGAGGAUCCCAGCGGUGUCUGUGGCCCCCACCUCCAUGGUGCACUGCCAGGAGAAGGGGCUGAGUGUCGGGUCUCGCAUCCACCACGAGGGCUCUCCGUUUGGGCAGCAGCUUCACCAGCCUCCCCCUCCACCCCAGCACCUUCAGCCCCCCCACACAAACAGAGACCGAGACAGACCCCCCAGCAGGAGCAGUAAGCCCACUAGAUCCACCUCAAACAAAGGAGCCAGCACCAGCAGUGGUAGUAUUGGUAGUAGUGGUGGUAGUAAUAGUAGUAGCCUUCCCAUUGAUUCUUCCCCUCGCACCUCCUCUCGCCUCCCCCAGGCUGCUCCCCCCCUGCCUCCCCCUCUCAGCGACAGCACCUUAGACCUACAGAGGCCAGUCCCUCGAAUAGGGCCACCAUCUUCCUCCUCCUUAUCUUCCUCCUCUUCCCAGUCGAUGCCUCACCCAUUUUAUGUGAGCAGCAUGGCUCAAGAGCAUCACUCCCCCGCCCGACACAGCCCCCACAAAUCCAGCCCCAGGGAUGGGGCGUCGGAGCACAGGGCUGGGGGGUGUGAGAGGAAACCCAAUCAGUCCCCUUCCAAACCGUCCUCAGAGCGGCCAACCCUACCGAACAAGACUACCAAAGACCCAGCAGGCCCAAAGCCUCUGGACCUCUCUGGAAGGCUGCUGGAGUUCGGCCUGCCUCCCAACACCUUCCCCAUCAAGAUAGAGGCUCUGGGGUCUCCGGGGCCUCGGUAUGGACAUCACCCCAGCCGGGAGCUCCUGAAGGAGACCCUCUCACCCUCCUCCCACCCCUCCCACUCCCACUCAGUGGUCAGCAGCACUUUCUCCAAGGCCCCAGACAGGCCAGAGAUGAUCAGCACUUUGCACUCCUCCUGGGUGGUGCCCACCCCUACACCCAUCUCUACACCCAUCUCCACCAUUGGGUCCACCCACACCCACACCCCCCCACCUCCCAGCCCUAUCCCCCUCCCCCAGAAACACAAGGUUCUGGAGAGAGUCCUGCCCCAGUCCCAGCAAAGCAGCCCAUCCUGCCCCAGGGUAGGAGAGCCGCAUACUACCCCAAUACCUUCCAAUCACAAUCCUGCCUCCACAAUGCCCCCGUCCCCCAAACCCAAUGGUGAUUGGCCCAAACACAGCCCCAGCCAUUCAGAAGAUUCCCCCAUGGCCGGCCAUCAUAGGAGCUCCACAGAGAAGCCCCCCAAAGCCCCCAAGAGGGCUGAGACGUCCCAGGAGGUGUCUCUGUAUAAUAAACGUCCUUGUCUGGAGAAUAUCAAUGGGCACACGCCCAGCCACCUUUACCUAGCUCACAGCAUGGCCUACGCCAACCGAUACCUGCACUACUCUGUAUCUGACAGCAUGGCCCUCCAUUCUCUCCCUCUGCCAGGGAAGGGCCCAGCCUACCCUCACCCCAUCCUGCUGGGCAACAGCAGCCUGUACCCCUCCCACCUGGCAGCCAAACACCCCUUACCCUACCACAGCCAUGCUGGGGAGUACCUCACCUACAACUCCCAGGAGAUGGUCCACCCUCUGAUGCACGCACAUCCAGACUCCAAAGUCCUGGAGCGGGGGCCCAAGUGCCGGGGCCAGGGUCAGGACAAACCUAGAGGUCUCACGGAGGAUUGUGGUGGGUCCCGCAGGGGCCGAAGUGGUGUGGAGACAGGAGAGGAUUCCCAUGUGAAGCCCAAAAGCGAGGCAGGGGAGCGGGGCGGGAGCCAGCCCAGACCCACUUCCUCCUCCAGCACCAGUACCCCCUCCAAAGACCGUAUCGUCUGCAUUGACCUCGUCCACUCCGACACAGAUGGAGAGUCUACUCCGUCCACCAACAAGCCGCAAGUCUCCGUUACCGUCCCCAUCGCCAGGGGCAACCAACACAACUGUUGCCAUGGCAACCAAAACAUUAGGGAAGUGGAACAGGAGCCAAAAUACCAACUUCAUCAUCACCACCACCCCAGCCCAAGCUCCACCCUGAGAACUAUCCACACAGACAGACAACUAGAGACCCUCUGUAUGAGACCCAGGCCCCUCCAGGAAACGGGCUGUACAGGUGUGGCCUCUAGCCCACCUCAGGGCUCCGCAGAGCUUGUUAAUCGGGCUGAGGAGAGUCCUGAGGACCAGAGUCCUUCCUCAGACCCAGGGGACCAAGGGGAACAGGACCAGAGCACCCUGCGCUGUGCCCGAACGUCUGGCGACCGCAAGUCUGGCGACCGCAUCUCUGGCAACCAUACAACUGGGGAUUGUGACCGCAAGUCUGGCGACCACAUGUCUAGAGAUCGCACAUUUUUUUGCGACCGCACGUCUGGAGAGGAGAGAGAAAAGAUGGACAGACUAACCUUCUCCCACCCCAUCCAUCGCUACAUGGACCUGGGGAAGGAGAGAGACAGUGAAAGAGAAGGAGGGAGCGUUGGAGACACAGAGGAGUCACAUGGAGAGGGGGAUGAGGAUGAAGAGGGUGGGCGAAGAGGCUCACGGAGGACCAGCCUUACCAAGAGGAUUGCUAGCUCCUCAGGCUAUGUGGGCGACCGCAUCAAAUGUGUCACCACCGAGCUGUACGCAGACUCUAGCAAGCUGAGCCGGGAACAGCGCGCCCUGCAAAUGGAAGUCAUAUCACGAGAGAGGAGUAAUAUAACUCAACCUGCAGCUAACUGGGAGCGGGCGAUGAUGCGGUUCUCGGAGCUGGAGCUGAAGGGGAAGGAGUGCGGGGGUGUGUGUGUGUCUGCGUCGGCAGCAGUAGCAGGACAGGAGUUGGCAGAUGGCCAGCGGAGAGAGAGAGAGUGGGAACACUGCCAACACACCGCCAGGCAGGGAGAGAGGGAGGGUGGAAGAAAAGUCUAUGGGAACAACAGAGUCCCAGUCCUCCAGAGGUGUGGGGGCCAAAGGGAGAGCCUGUCCCCAGGGCAGGAGGCCUGGGAGGGGGCUAGAGAUGGUGCCAGAGUGGGCGAGGGUGGGCGAUGUCCACCCUCCAUCUUGGCACUGGCAGACGGGCACCCCAAGGAGAAGGGUGGGCAGAGCACGGUACCCGCUAUCAAACGCGCACACAGCCUACAGGAGAAAGAUGAGGAGGAGGGAGGGAAGAGGAUUACUUCAGAUGUCUGUGUGCUGCCUGCGGCUCCUACUACUAAUGGUGAUGAUGAAGAGGUGAGGAAGCUUAAAGUGUGUAUUGAGCUGAAGGGGCUCUGCCUCCGCAAACCCACCGCCCACUCCCCUGAGAGACCAGAGGUCAAAGAGGAGAGGUCAUCACAUCAUAGCCCUUCCUCCCUGCCCCGGCCCCUCCCCCAACCUGUACCCCAGCCCAAGCCCCACCCCCGCGGGACAGGAAGUUCAAGGUCGACCCGGAACGGUGUGGUCAUCCUGCCAGGGUUCGGGGACAUGAAGGGAUUUGGAUUACUCCCUUUGACCCAGCAGAGGGACAGAUCGGCCCCCAAGGGGCCCUUGAUGGGACCAGGCUGUGACCGGGGAUCUAAGGAGCCCAGGAGAGGAGUGGUGGGGGUGAAGACUGUGGGUCAGUGCCCCCCCUCCUCUGCCCCCGAGCCCCCCACCGGAGACACCACCUCUCUCAAGCCCCGUCGUCAUGGUGACAUGGACAAACCCAAGGGCAAGCGGCCGUGCAAGACCAAACACACCAGCCAGAGAGAGAGGGAGCGCGAGAGGGAAAGAGAGAUGGAGCGGAGGAGAGAGCUGCUGAAUGGCGCUAGCAACCAGCACGGCAGCACAGAUCUGGGAGCAGCUCUGGAGGACAAGGUCAGUGAGCAGUGUGCUCAGAAGAAAAUACCCUCUUCUCCCCUCCAUUACCUCGGCUCUCCGGUCAAGACCUGUUCCCCCGCAACGCAGCCCCCCUCUCUUCCCCCCCAGGUGAACGGCAGUGGGACUGUCCCACCGGAGAGAGCUGGGGUGAGGAGGGUCCCCCCAGCUGAGCUUCCUGUGGUGCGGCCCAUCCCCCCUGAGGCACGGAGACUAAUCGUCAACAAGAACGCUGGAGAGACGUUGCUACAGAGAGCGGCACGUCUCGGAUACGAGGAGGUGGUGUUGUACUGCCUGGAGAACCGUGUGUGUGAGGUGAACCACAGGGACUAUGCAGGCUACUGUGCGCUCCACGAGGCCUGCGCCCGCGGCUGGCUAGCCAUCGUCUCACACCUGCUGGAACAUGGUGCCGACAUCAACUGCAGUGCACAGGACGGCACCAGGCCUCUGCAUGACGCGGUGGAGAAUGACCAUCUGGACGUAGUUCGGGUGUUGUUGUCCUACGGGGCUGACCCUACUCUGGUCACCUACUCCGGCCGCGGUCUGCUCAAGAUGACCCACAGCGACAGCAUGGAGCGAUUCCUCACUGAUUAUUUUGCUGACCUGCAGGGCCACUCUGAUGACGACCCAGAGAUCUACUGGGAAUUCUAUGGCAGUGCUGUGUGUGAGUCGUUAGAGGAGGGCAGUGUUUGUGACGUGUUGGCAGACCCCCCAGGGCCAGAGGAAGAUGACGAGGACAGGAGGGAGCUCUUUGAGUUUGAGUUCUCCGACCGACCCCUCCUCCCCUGCUACAACAUCCAGGUGUCCCUGUCACAGGGGUCCAGGAACUGGUUGCUCCUUUCAGAUGUUCUCCGGAAGCUGCGGAUGUCGGCCCGUUCCUUCCGCUCCUCCUUUCCCCACAUGAAGGUAGUGACGAUGGCCGAGGCAGAGUUUUACCGCCAGGCCUCCCUCUCCCAGCUCUUCUCCUGCCCAGACGAGCUGGAGGGCUUCCAGCCAGACAGCAAGGAGCUGCUGGAUCUGGUGGAGGGGAGUGCUGAGCUGGCCUCUCUGCUGGGAUCCACCCUGGAGUGCCUGGAUGACCGCUGGGACGAACCCCUGGAGGCUAACAUUAAUGCUAAGGCUAAUGUCAAUGGGAACAUUAGGGCUAUGGCUAAUGCUAAUGCUAAGACUAAUAACACUAAGACUAAUGGUAACGCUAAUUUUAAAGCUAAGGCUAACGCUAACAGGAGGUUGUGACCCCUAACCCUGAACUUUGACUCUGAUUUCUGAAACCCUACUCUACAGUGAGGGUCUACAAUGGGUGAAUAAGUAAGACCCCUGCCCUGAUAUCUGAGAUUAACUCCUGCUCUGGACCGGUGGGCUGUAUGGACGGGCAGACAGACGGACAGACCGAGCAGCAGAGACCUGAAUGUGUCUGUCCAUCAAGCGAAGAUGAAGAGGCAACUGUAAAUGAACAAUUGUCUUAUUUUUUAUAAAUGUAUUAAUAUAAGUAUAAAUAUAUAAAUAUAUCUGGAAAUGUUUUCUUGAUUUCUCUCCUGCAAUUGUGUGAGCGAAAGUGUGGUUGUGUUAUCAUGAUUGGAAGGUUGUGUGUAUGUGUGUUAAACAAUGCAUUAUGGGUGUCAGUUUAUAUGCCAUAGUGUGUGUCUGAGCACUGAGGCAGCGCUUUUGAAUGUCACAUUUUUUGUUGAUAGGAAGCACAUGAUGAGGAUCAGUUCUAUAGUUUUUUGGUCUCCUCACAGACCAAAACACCCUCAGGGGCUGUUUUGAACCUGUGUUCAAUCUGCUUCUCAUUUAGUCUCUAAUUUCACUUGCAAAACUGCAGAGAGAUAUGUGUUUUUGUAUAAUAUUAAAGGUUUAAAGAUGAGAAGAUAUUCGCCCUUCGGUACAGAGUUUGUACAUAACAGGGUGGCUAUUGUAGUACAGUAACAGUUUUACUGUGUUGUUUUUUUGUAAUUAAAAUAUCUCAUUUGUAUUUAUAUUUUGCCAACAAAAUGAUUCAAAAUAAAUCUUAACAUUUGCAAGAAAGUU